GUAAUUUUUAAAAGUUGAGGAUGCAGCAAAGCAUUUCAACUACUUAAAUAAAGAACUCAAGUAUUCUUGAGAAAGUGCAGCACACAUUGGCUAUUGUAUAAAAUUAGAUCGCGGCAAAACUAAAAUGGACGGCUCUGGGCUUUUAAAUUGUGAGUUAAUGAACCUUGUCAAGAAACGGGUAGCUUGCAGAGACAGAAUUGUUGAACUGUAUGAUAAGCAUACCAAGGAAAAACUUAACAAGAUGAAAAGUGAUGAAAGUUGUAUAGCUACAAGUCACGAACAACAUUGUGAUAAUUUAUGCCUCCCAAUGCUUGAUAUUCCACCAAGCGUUGUACGUAUAAAUGACAUAACUGAGGUAUGUUCGUUAACCAAGUCGGCUAUCGUCCAGGAAGAGGAAUCGCUUAUUCGUCAAUUAAAAGCAAUAAACGAUUUUGAAUGUCACAACGACGGGUUGUCACCCUGACUAGCAGUUUAUCUAUAAUUCGCUGGCCGACCGUGGUCUUCAAAAUUUGUUGUCAAGCCUUUUCCAUCUGGUAUGACCAACUGACGUACGCACAGUUGAUGUUGUGGUACUACCUUAUCUACCAACAGCGACCAAGAUUACCGUGUACUUAUGUUAUUCUGAAGUUCAUAAGUUUGGUAUGUACGUGUGAUCACUUUGUACUUUCAAGUUCGUUGGACCUAAUAAAAUUAUGAAUACA